AUGGACGUGGACAUGGACGUGGACGUGGACGUGGACGUGGACGUGGACGUGGACGUGGACAUGGACAUGGACGUGGACAUGGACGUGGACGUGGACGUGGACGUGGACGUGGUCAUGGACGUGGACGUGGACGUGGACGAGGACGUGGACAUGGUCGUGGACGUGGACAUGGUCGUGGACGUGGACGUGGACAUGGACGUGGACGUGGACGUGGACAUGGACAUGGACGUGGACAUGGACAUGGACGUGGACGUGGACGUGGACGUGGACGUGGACAUGGACGUGGACGUGGACAUGGACGUGGGUCGUGGACGUGGACAUGGACAUGGACGUGGACGUGACGUGGACAUGGACGUGGACGUGGACGUGGACGUGGACCUGGACGUGGACGUGAACAUGGACGUGGACGUGGAGGACUUGGACGUGGACAUGGACGUGGACGUGGACGUGGGACCUGGACAAGGACGUGGACGUGGACAUGGACAGGACGUGGACAUGGACGUGGACGUGGACGUGGACGUGGACAUGGACGUGGACGUGGACGUGGACAUGGACGUGGACGUGGACGUGGACAUGGACGUGGACGUGGACGUGGACGUGGACGUGGACAUGGACAUGGACAUGGACGUGGACAUGGACGUGGACGUGGACAUGGAAUGGACGUGGUCGUGGACGUGUCGUGACGUGGACGUGGUCGUGGACGUGGACGUGGACGUGGACGUGGAUGUGGACGUGGACGUGGACGUGGACAUGGACGUGGACGUGGACGUGGACUUGGACGUGGACGUGGACGUGGACAUGGACUUGGACGUGGACGUGGACGUGGACAUGGACGUGGACGUGGACGUGGACGUGGAGGUCGACGUGGACGUGGACGUGGACAUGGACGUGGACAUGGACGUGGACGUGGACGUGGACGUGGACAUGGACAUGGACGUGGACGUGGACGUGGACGUGGACAUGGACGUGGACAUGGACAUGGAAAUGGACAUGGACGUGGACAUGGACGUGGACGUGGACGUGGACAUGGACCUGGACGUGGACGUGGAAGUGGACGACGUGGACGUGGACGUAGACGUGGACGUGGACAUGGACAUGCACGUGGACGUGGACGGGGACGUCGACGUGGACGUGGACAUGGUCGUGGACGUGGACGUGGACGUGGAGGUAGACGUGGACUUGGACGUGGACAUGGACGUGGACGUGGACAUAGAUGUGGACGUGGACGUGGACGUGGACGUGGACGUGGACUUGGUUGUGGACGUGGUCGUGGACAUGGACGUGGAAGUGGAGGUGGACAUGGAUGAGUACGUGGACGUGGACGUGGACGUGGUCGUGGACGUGGUCGUGGACGUGGACGUGGUCGUGGACGUGGACGUGGACGUGGACAUGGACAUGGACGUGGACGUGGACUUGGACGUGGACGUUGACAUGGACUUGGACGUGGACGUGGACGUGGACAUGGAUGUGGACGUGGACGUGGACGUGGACGUGGACGUCGACGUGGACGUGGACAUGGACAUGGACGUGGACGUGGACGUGGACGUGGACGUGGACAUGGACGUGGACAUGGACAUGGACGUGGACAUGGAUGUGGACAUGGACGUGGACCUGGACGUGGACGUGGACGUGGAUGUGGUCGUGGACGUGGUCGUGGACAUGGACAUGGACGUGGACAUGGACGUGGACGUGGACGUGGACGUGGAUGUGGACGUGGUCGUUGACAUGGUCGUGGACGUGGACGUGGUCGUGGACGUGGACGUGGACGUGGACGUGAACGUGGAAGUGGACAUGGACGAGGACAUGGACGUGGACGUGGACGUGGACUUGGACGUGGACGUGGACGUGGACAUGGACUUGGACGUGGACGUGGACGUGGACAUGGACGUGGACGUGGACGUGGACGUGGACGUGGACAUGGACGUGGACGUGGACGUGGACAUGGACGUGGACAUGGACGUGGACAUGGACAUGGACGUGGACAUGGACGUGGACAUGGACGUGGACGUGGACAUGGACGUGGACAUGGACGUGGAUAUGGACAUGGACGUGGACAUGGACAUGGACGUGGACAUGGACGUAGACGUGGACGUGGACAUGGACAUGGACGUUGACGUGGUCGUGGACGUGGUCGUGGACAUGGACAUGGACGUGGACGUGGACGUGGACAUGGAUGUGGACGUGGACGUGGACGUGGACGUGGACGUGGACAUGGUCGUCGACGUGGACGUGGACGUAGACGUGGACGUGGACGUGGACAUGGACGUGGAUGUGGACAUGGACGUGGAUCUGGACGUGGACGUGGACAUGGACAUGGACGUGGACAUGGACAUGGACGUGGACGUGGACAUGGAUGUGGACAUGGACGUGGACAUGGACAUGGACGUGGACAUGGACAUGGACGUGGACAUGGACGUAGACGUGGACGUGGACGUGGACGUGGACGUGGACGUGGUCGUGGACGUGGUCGUGGACAUAGACAUGGACGUGGACAUGGACGUGGACGUGGACGUGGACGUGGACGUGGUCGUGACAUGUCCGGGACGUGUGGACGUGGACAUGGAUGUGGACGUGGACGUGGACGUGGACGUGGACGUGGACGUGGACAUGGUCGUGGACGUGGACGUGGACGUGGACGUGGACAUGGACGUGGAUGUGGACGUGGACGUGGACAUAGACAUGGACGUGGACGUGGACAUGGACGUGGACGUGGACAUGGACGUGGACAUGGACGUGGACAUGGACAUGGACGUGGACAUGGAGAUGGACGUGGACAUGGACGUGGACGUGGACGUGGACGUGGUCGUGGACGUGGUCGUGGACAUGGACAUGGACGUGGACAUGGACGUGGACGUGGACGUGGACGUGGUCGUGGACAUGGUCGUGGACGUGGACGUGGUCGUGGACGUGGACGUGGACGUGGACAUAGACGUGGACAUGGACGUGGACGUGGACGUGGACUUGGACGUGGACUUGGACGUGGACGUGGACGUGGACUUGGACGUGGACGUGGACAUGGACGUGGACGUGGACGUGGAUGUGGACAUGGACGUGGACGUGGACAUGGACGUGGACGUGGACGUGGACAUGGACGUGGACAUGGUCGUGGACGUGGACAUGGUUGUGGACAUGGACAAGGUCGUGGACGUGGACAUGGACAUAGAAGUGGACGUGGACGUGGACAUGGAGAUGGACGUGGACGUGGACGAGGACGUGGACAUGGUCGUGGACGUGGACAUGGUCGUGGACGUGGACGUGGACGUGCACGUGGACAUGGACAUGGACGUGGACGUGGACGUGGACAUGGACGUGGACGUGUACGUGGACGUGGACCUGGACGUGGACGUGAACAUGGACGUGGACGUGGAGGACUUGGACGUGGACAUGGACGUGGACGUGGACGUGGACCUGGAUAAGGACGUGGACAUGGACAUGGACGUGGACGUGGACAUGGACGUGGACGUGGACAUGGACGUGGACAUGGACGUGGACGUGGACAUGGACGUGGACGUGGACGUGGACAUGGACGUGGACGUGGACGUGGACGUGGACAUGGACAUGGACAUGGACGUGGACAUGGACGUGGACGUGGACAUGGAAGUGGACAUGGACGUGGACGUGGACGUGGACGUGGACAUGGACAUGGACGUGGACGUGGACGUGGACGUGGACGUGGACCUGGACAUGGACGACGUGGACGUGGACAUGGACGUGGACGUGGACGUGGACGUGGACAUGGUCGUGGACGUGGACGUGGACGUGGACGUGGACGUGGACAUGGACAUGGACGUGGACAUGGACGUGGACGUGGACGUGGACGUGGACAUGGACAUGGACGUGGACAUGGACAUGGACGUGGACGUGGACAUGGACGUGGACAUGGACGUGGACAUGGACAUGGACGUGGACAUGGACUUGGACGUGGACAUGGACGUGGACGUGGACGUGGACGUGGACGUGGACGUGGUCGUGGACGUGGUUGUGGACAUGGACGUGGACGAGGAGGUGGACGUGGACGUGGACGUGGACGAGGACGUGGUCGUGGACGUGGUCGUGGACGUGGACGUGGACGUGGUCGUGGACGUGGACGUGGACGUGGACGUGGAUGUGGUCGUGGACGUGGACGUGGACAUGGACGUGGACGUGGACGUGGACUUGGACGUGGACGUGGACGUGGACAUGGACUUGGACGUGGACGUGGACGUGGAGGUCGACGUGGACGUGGACGUGGACAUGGACGUGGACAUGGACGUGGACGUGGACGUGGACGUGGACAUGGACAUGGACGUGGAUGUGGACGUGGACAUGGACGUGGACGUGGACAUGGACAUGGAAAUGGACAUGGACGUGGACAUGGACGUGGACGUGGACGUGGAUAUGGACCUGGACGUGGACGUGGAAGUGGACGACGUGGACGUGGACGUAGACGUGGACGUGGACAUGGACGUGCACGUGGACGUGAACGGGGACGUGGACGUGGACGUGGACAUGGUCGUGGACGUGGACGUGGACGUGGACGUGGACGUGGACUUGGACGUGGACAUGGACGUGGACGUGGACAUAGAUGUGGACAUGGAUGAGUACGUGGACGUCGACGUGGACGUGGUCGUGAACGUGGUCGUGGACGUGGACGUGGUCGUGGACGUGGACGUGGACGUGGACGUGGACAUGGACAUGGACGUGGACGUGGACUUGGACGUGGACGUUGACAUGGACUUGGACGUGGACGUGGACAUGGACAUGGAUGUGGACGUGGACGUGGACGUGGACGUGGACGUCGACGUGGACGUGGACAUGGACAUGGACGUGGACGUGGACGUGGACGUGGACAUGGACGUCGUGGACGUGGUCGUGGACAUGGACAUGGACGUGGACAUGGACAUGGACGUGGACGUGGACGUAGAUGUGGACGUGGUCGUUGACAUGGUCGUGGACGUGGACGUGGUCGUGGACGUGGACGUGGACGUGGACGUGAACGUGGAAGUGGACAUGGACGAGGACAUGGACGUGGACGUGGACGUGGACUUGGACGUGGACGUGGACAUGGACUUGGACGUCGACGUGGACGUGGACGUGGACAUGGACGUGGACGUGGACGUGGACGUGGACGUGGACAUGGACGUGGACGUGGACGUGGACGUGGACAUGGACGUGGACAUGGACGUGGACAUGGACAUGGACGUGGACAUGGACGUGGACAUGGACGUGGACGUGGACAUGGACGUGGACAUGGACGUGGACAUGGACAUGGACGUGGACAUGGACAUGGACGUGGACAUGGACGUAGACAAGGACGUGGACAUGGACAUGGACGUUGACGUGGUCGUGGACGUGGUCGUGGACAUGGACAUGGACGUGGACGUGGACGUGGACAUGGAUGUGGACGUGGACGUGGACGUGGACGUGGACGUGGACAUGGUCGUCGACGUGGACGUGGACGUAGACGUGGACGGUGACGUGGACAUGGACGUGGAUGUAGACAUGGACGUGGAUCUGGACGUGGACGUGGACAUGGACAUGGACGUGGACAUGGACAUGGACGUGGACGUGGACAUGGACGUGGACAUGGACGUGGACAUGGACAUGGACGUGGACAUGGACAUGGACGUGGACAUGGACGUAGACGUGGACGUGGACGUGGACGUGGACGUGGACGUGGUUGUGGACGUGGUCGUGGACAUAGACAUGGACGUGGACAUGGACGUGGACGUGGACGUGGACGUGGACGUGGUCGUGGACAUGGUCGUGGACGUGGACGUGGUCGUGGACGUGGACGUGGACGUGGACGUGGACGUGGACAUGGACGUGGACAUGGACGUGGACGUGGACGUGGACGUGGACGUGGACUUGGACGUGGACGUGGACGUGGACAUGGACGUCGACGUGGACGUGGACGUGGACGUGGACGUGGACAUGGACGUGGACAUGGACGUGGACGUGGACAUGACGUGA